CAAAAAUGACAUCGUUGUUGGAUCAGCUGAUGGUGGUUAAAAUUAAUGCGGAGUAUUUUCGGAGACACGGCGUGGCAGGAUGUGGUGAUGGUCGUGAAGAUGGCUGAAGCUGUAUAGAGAUGGACGAAGUAGUGUCGGGGCAGGAGUCCUGACAACAGAAUCAUUUAAAAGGGCCGUCCUGUCAAUCCCUUGACUAGCCUCACCAGCAAGUCAGAACCACAAUGAAGCAAUUGGCAGCUUUUCUCAUCACAGCCUUGGCUACCGGCACCCUGGCCGAUCUCCAUUACACUGGACUCUGCUAUGAUUCACCGGGUAGUGGUGUGAAAGUCUUCAACAAGGCGGCCACCGAAACAGCCUGCACAUAUUACAAAAACCGCAACACAGGCAGCAAACAAUGGGAUCAGUGUCCGGACUGCACCCUACUCAACGACCAGAGUCUCCUGUACUAUUGCAAGUCCGAGGGUCAACAUAUUGGAGGCGACGAACUCAACUAUUACUGCGGUCUGGCCGGCGCCGACGGGAGUCUCGCCUGGUGAAGUGGGAU